GAAGAAGACGCAGGCUAGUUGGCAUUACCCGCGUGAUGGCGUCAGGGGCUACAGACAGACUGUUCCGCUGAGGUUAAACAAUUGUUAGUCGUAAACUGUUUUAGUCAUUUUUACAUCGUCUGCAAUUUUGCGAAAACAUUUUCUCAUUUUUUUUUUACGGUUUCGGGAAGUCUGGAACAAAGCAAGGAUGUCAUUGAUGUGGACAGUCAAGGUGGUCAGCCUGGGAGCGGUGGCCCUCUCCCUCAGUGUGGAGCUGCUCUGCAGGCUUCUGUAUCGCCUCAAACCGCCAAGAACCCUGAACGAGGUUCUUUUCUUCCCCGCAGAGGUGGCCUGCAUGGAGCACAUCUUCUCUCCUGCUUCCCCUCACUCCUGCCCGUUGCCUCAUGGUGUAGAGACCUCCUUCUCCCGUCUUCUCCGCUUCCUCCUGUCAGCUUCCUCCUCUCUCGAUGUGUGCAUGUUUUCAUUUUCCAACAUGGACCUGGGCAGGGCUGUUGUAGAACUUUACCGAAGGAGAGUAACUGUCAGAAUCCUGGUUGACAAGCAUUACUCUGCCAUCAGCGGCUCCCAAGUUGGAGCCCUUCGCAAGGCCGUGUACAGGUAUAUUAUCAGCUCUACUCAUGGAGUCUGGAGUUGGACCACCGCAGGGAUCUGCGUGCGCAAGGUGGCCGGCUAUAUGCACAUGCAUCACAAGUUUGCGGUGGUGGACAGCAGGCUGCUCAUCACAGGCUCCCUCAACUGGACGCUAGCAGCAGUGCAGUCCAACUCGGAGAACAUCCUCAUCACGGAGGAGUCAGACCUGGUCAGGCCCUACGUGAAGGAGUUCAGUAGGUUAUGGGCAGACAAUGAUCCAUCUCAGAAUGCACCCUCAAGUAGCCAAAAGCUGGCUGAUAUGGACUCAGGACUGAUGAGCAGUGGGGGAUAUUAAUACAAAACCAAAAAAUCCUUUCAGACACUUCCAGUCAGCAUUUCAUAUUAAGAAGAGGUUCUGUUGUUUUGAGUUUUGAAAGAUUGGAGGUGUUAUGUUGGUGAGUUUUAAAGUAGGAUCCUGCUGAGAGACCAGCAUUUACACUGAAAAUGUUAAAUUUUAUUAAUCUUAUUGUGAUUAUUCUGCCCGUUUUUUAGUUUGGGGCAAGUCAACUUUUUAUUUGGGACUCAUUGUUUCUGGAAUGUUGGACCCUUUUCCCCUUGCGGAGAGCAGCCAUGUCACAAGGUCAUGGUAUUGAAACGUAUUAAAGUGUUUAAAUCCAGUUGGAUUUCUGUACUACGUUCACAUUUGCACGGUAACUGUGUCUUGCUAUGAUAUGCUGUCAUGUAUGAAACAGCAUACCAGGCCUCAGUUCGCAGAGUUUGUUUUUGUAUAGAUCUUAGUCAAAUAAUAUAUUUUUUUAAUGGAAGAAAGCAUAUUUUCAGGUUUAAGUGGGUGUCAUGUUGUACCAUUUGCUUUUUGAAAUAGUUCACGUUGGAAUCAUUUAGAAAUCACUCUGUUUAUUUAGACCCGCGCAGGUUUUUUUGUUCAUUGUGGUUUAUUUGCUGUCUCAGUGACUCGGUGCCAGUCAUAAACAAACUGCUUUGGCGUAUUAGAUGCAUCCUUACACCCACAGCUGUAGUUUUUCCUGAGUUUAGAUUUUCAUAGACGCUUUGCAGCACCAACACGUAACAGUAGUGUUAUCAGUGAACAAUGCAAUACAUUGAUGUUGAUCUGGUGUUUAGAACUGCUUCAAAUGGUUGCAUGACUCCUUAAUGCUUGAUUAAAUACCGGCUUGUCUCACUUGAAGCCUGACCUCAUUCACCAUCAAGUUAUGUGUAGUAAAUGACAAUGUCAAACACAACAAAUCAGCUGCUGGAUUAUGUAAGCUACAACUUUUAACUAAGAGGUCAUGAGUUUACACAUAAACCAGUUUCGAAGGGCCGAAACGUAUUUGACUUUCAAAAUAAAAGCGAAAAGAUGCUUUUUGAAGCAAUUAACAAUUAGUCAUUCUGUAAUUCAAAUCCUUGUGUUGUAGUGGGGGAAAAAAAUCAGCUCUUACAAUUUGUGCCGCUUCCAGUCAUACACAACUGUUUGAAAGAGAUGAAUGCAUGGUAUUUAUCCCCCAUUUAGCCCUAUUUUCUGCAGUGAAAGGACAACAAAUUAACAAGUUAUAGGAAAACAAAGAAAAAAAUAAUACACACAUAUAUAUAUAUAUAUAUAUAUAUAUAUGUGUGUGUAUGUAUACAGUGUAUGUGAAAAUAAUUUUGCAUUACCUACCGCAGCAUACAUGAUAAAAAUGACCAGUGCCAUGUUUUGGGUUUUCUUGUAUGUAUCAAUGUAGUAAUUAAACCAGGGUUCCCCAACCUUUUAGUGAGCCAAGGCACAUAUUUUACAUUAGAAAAAUAUCACGCAAUUCCACCCAACAAAAAUGUUGCAGGAAUAGCAACAGAAGGAAGCACGGGUUAAUUAUGCACCUCCUUCCACCUAGUGGAAGAACAUUUGAUAGUUCUGCCUGUCAUUAUGCGAUGCUAGCAGAGCUAGGUAACAAAGAUACAUUUUUGUUGGAAAUAAAUCAUUUUUGGCCCAGUUAGGCCAAAUUGGAUCAUUUCCCCAUACUACUCUGCCACAGCACAGUGGUUGGGAAUCACAGAGGUGCACUAACACUUAAAUUGCACAUGAUUUUCUCUUUAUUACACUUCAGUAGUCACCUUGUCUGGUUCAGUCUCUGUAAAGCAUUCCCCAAAAUUAUCUUGCAAAAAAUAUGUUAAUGUGUUUGUGUAUUCUGUUUUUUAAACUCU